GAAGAAGGAAGAAGCAAGAAGCAGCAGCAGCAGCCAACAGCGUUCCGGCUUCUUUCUGUUCUCCGGUUAGCUGUCCCCUCAAAAUGUCUACACUCCAGUUACUGAGAACGUACGUCAACCAGCGCCUGACUGUGGCUGUUGAAGAUAUAAUCGAGAUGUUUGAAAGAACCAUAACCGAGUACGAGGAGGAAAUGUAUCGCCAGCGCAGGCUGCUGGGAGCUGAGCAGUCCGGCGGCAUCAAGAUAAUGUUCAGCAGCCAAACAGGUGUGUCUCAGGAAAUCCAGCCGCUGGUCGUCAAUCCAAAGUUUCCCCCUGAACAGCAGGAGUGGGGCCCCGGUCCGUACCCAGAGGAGCCCCCGGAGCCCCCGCGUAUUAAAGAGGAACCAGAGGAGGUCUGGAUCAGACGGGGGCUUCAGGGGCCCGAGGGGGCUGACAUCCCAGAGUUCCAGUUCCCUGCAGUGUCUGUAAAAAGUGAAGACGAUGAAGAGAAACCUCACUCCUCAGUGCUUCAUCCAAGACAAACCGAGGAGUCCAGAGAGGCAGACCCUUCAGCUCAGCAGACAGGAGCCGGGGCCGCUGUACACAACUGUGACGCGUCAGAAGCAGCCUUUGACUUGGAUGCAGCAGUUUUUUUAAAAGCGGCAAGCGACGGCCAGUUUUUCCUUUCACAGUGUUUUCAAACUGAGACUGAAGACUUGGACGACGGCUGGAAGCACGUGAUUGAGCCUCAGCCGUUCUCCGACCCACUGAAAGACAACGGAGCUGCGUCUCCUCCGAGAGCUCCCAGUCAGAGGAAACUCUAUAAAUGCCCGGCGUGUAGUAAAACAUUUAAGCACAACACGGCUCUGCAGAGGCACGUGACGUGCCACACAGGGGAGAGUCCGUUUGACUGUGCCGAGUGCGGCAAGACGUUCAGGCAUAAGGGGAGUUUGCACAUACACAUGAGAAAACACACAGGAGAGAAGCCUUUUCGUUGCCUAGUUUGCGGAAAGAACUUCACCCAGAGUGGAACGUUAGCUGCUCACAUGAGAAUACAUACCGGAGAGAAGCCUUUCAGCUGCUCGGUGUGUAAGAAAAGGUACAAUGAAAGGGGGACACUGGUGCGACACAUGAGGGUCCACACCGGAGAGAAACCAUUCACGUGCUCACUGUGUGGUAAAAGAUUCAGCGAGAAGGGGAAUCUGAAUAAACACAAGAGAAUCCACACGGGGGAGAAACCGUUCAGUUGCAUUGCAUGUGAGAAGAAUUUUAGUUUGCUGUCACACCUCAGAAACCACAAAUGUCCUGGUAAGAAGAGCGGUGAAACUGUAGAGCAGGCGCUUCAGCUGAAAUCAUAAACUGUCAAGUGAUU